AUGGCCAAGGUCCCCAAACUCUCGGCGACAAGGCCAACGGCAGCGACUGUAGUCAACAAACGGGCCGAAGCACGCUCAGCCGCAGCCGCAGACGCAUCCGCGGUCUCGGGCACGGGCCCGGCCCGCAAUGGGUACUCCCUUCGGCGCUGGCUGGGCCAGGGCGACGCCGACGAUCCUUGGACGCCGCGUGGGGUCUUUGAGACGGUUGGUGGUGGAGGUGGAAGUGGUGAUGGCGGUGGCGAAGUCGUUGGCGUUGCCGUGGCCGUUGCCACCGCCGCCCCUGAGAACCAUCCGGGAACGUGUGAUAGAGACCUGUCAAUUGAGGAUUAG